UACGUUUCUCCCUCGCCUGCGCACCCUCUUCCUUUCCGCCGUUUUUUCGUGGCGGACAUUUCCUGUCGCGAAGGAUUACUGGGUAAAGUUACCGCUCUUCGGCAUCUCUGUCAGUUGUUACUGUUUGAUAGCGGAGGAAGACGCGAAUGGCGUUAUCGACAACUCGUUCGUUUUUGUCCGAGGCUGGUUAUGGAGAGCAAGAACUGGAUGCCAAUUCUGCUCUAAUGGAACUGGACAAAGGGCUUCGGUCUGGAAAACUUGGAGAGCAGUGUGAAGCAGUAGUUCGUUUCCCCAGAUUAUUUCAAAAGUAUCCCUUUCCCAUUCUAAUCAACUCUGCUUUUCUUAAGUUAGCAGAUGUUUUUCGACUAGGGAACAACUUUCUGCGGCUGUGUGUGUUGAAGGUCACUCAACAAAGUGAGAAGCACUUAGAGAAGAUCCUGAAUGUGGAUGAGUUUGUGAAGCGAAUCUUUUCAGUGAUUCACAGCAAUGAUCCCGUGGCUCGAGCAAUCACUCUCAGAAUUGUUGGUAGCAUGGCAUCAAUUAUUCCGGAGAGGAAAAAUGCUCAUCACAGUAUUCGCCAGAGUUUGGAUUCUCAUGAUAAUGUGGAGAUUGAAGCAGCUAUAUUUGCUGCUGCUAGCUUUUCUGCUCAGUCCAAGGAUUUUGCAGCUGGAAUCUGUAACAAAAUCAGUGAAAUGAUUCAAGGUCUUGCUACACCCGUUGACUUGAAACUGAAGCUUAUCCCACUUUUGCAGCACAUGCAUCAUGAUGCCAGCUUGGCCUCUAGCACUCGACAACUGUUACAACACCUUCUGACAUCUUACCCAUCCACAAAGAUGGUCAUUGUCACGCUGCACUCCUUUUCAUUGUUGGCAGCCUCCUCCCUCAUCGACAUCCCCAAACAGAUUCAGCUGUUGUUGCAUUAUCUGAAGGAAGACCCUAGGAAAGCUGUCAAAAGGCUCUCCAUUGAAGACCUGAGGUUUUUGGCUAAAAAAGCUCCUCAUCUGUGGACAAGGGAGAAUAUACAGACUCUCUGUGAAUGUGCUCUCCAGACACCAUUCGACAGCUUGAAGCUCGGCAUGAUGUCAGUACUUUCAAUACUGUCUGGAACCAUUGCCAUUAAGCAAUACUUCUACAGCUCACUAGGAACUGGUACCACUCCUUCAGCGGCAUCCGAUUUGGUGAAGCUGGCCCAGGAAAGCUGCUACCAUAGCAACCGGACUAUUGCAGCAAAUGGGGUUAUUGUUCUGUCAAAUAUUGUCAUUUCCUGCCCAGAGAAAGAUCUUUUGACUGUAGAGCAAGAUGCACUGUUUGGCCUGGAAUCUCUCUUGGUUCUCUGCAGCCUGGAUGAAAGCCCAGCUUCUCAAGCAACACUAAAGACUGCUUUGACUGUGAUGGUGAAGCUGGUGAGAUGCCGUCCUCAUUUGAGUCAGUCAGUUGUGGAGUUCAUCCUGACCCAACUCCACAUAGCGCAGGACUCGACUCGCAUCUUUCUUUGCCAUUGCCUGGCAGCUAUCGCCAUGCAGCUUCCUGUCCUAGGAGAAGGAAUGUUGGGAGACUUAAUGGAACUUUACAGACUAAUUGGCCGUUCUGCUACUGACAAGCAGCAGGAGCUCCUGGUUUCCCUAGCAACUGUGAUAUUUGUUGCCAGUCAGAAGUCUCUUUCACAAGAGGUGAAAAUGGUCAUCAAGCAACAGCUUGAAAAUGUUGCUAAUGGGUGGACUGUGUACAGAAUUGCUCGACAAGCCUCCCGAAUGGGUUGCCAUGAAAUGGCGAGUGAGCUGUACCAGAGCCUGCGGACUCGAGUGGCCUCAGAGCACUUUUACUUUUGGCUCAAUAGCUUAAAGGAGUUUUCACAAGCUGAACAGUGCUUAAGCAGCAUACAGGAAGGUGACCACAGCACAGUUAUGGCUGCCAUUGCAGAGGCCCUGAAGUCCUAUCAGAAGGGAAUUGCUUCAUUAACGGCAGCAAGCACUCCUUUAAACCCACUAAGCUUUCAGUGUGAAUUUGUAAAACUGCGCAUUGACACUCUUCAGGCCCUAUCACAGCUCAUUUGUACCUGCAACAGCCUGAAGACCAGUCCACCACCAGCCAUUGCCACCACUAUUGCCCUAACGUCGGGAAACGAAUUACAACGAUGUGGACGUAUUUCCACACAGAUGAAAGUGUCAAUGGAUGAAUUUGGAAAUUUGGCAAAUCGCUACAGUGAUCUUUACCAGUCCUCGUUUGAUGCAGAUUCUGCAACGCUGAGGAAUGUUGAACUACAACAGCAAAGCUGCCUCCUGAUUUCUCACAUUAUUGAAGCCUUGAUCCUCGAUCCUGAAUCAGCCAGCUUCCAGGAGUACAGUGUUUCUGGGCCAGUGCAAGCUGAAAGUGAAUAUGAAAGAAGGAUGAUGGCUGUCUUCAAUCAUGUGUUAGAAGAGGUUGAAUCCCUCAGUAGGAAGUAUCCUCCUGUUUCGUACCUGCACACUGCCUGCCUUUGUGAUGCAGUCAUUGGUCUGCUGAAGGUACCACUUUCUUUUCAAAGAUACUUCUUCCAGAAAUUGCAAUCAACAAGCAUCAAACUUGCUUUGUCACCAGCACCCCGGAAUUCCAAUGAACCAAUCACAGUACAGAAUAACCAACAGUUGGCUCUUAAGGUGGAGGGGGUGGUUCAACAUGGUUCUAAUCCUGGCCUCUUCCGUAAAAUCCAAGCUGUCUGCUUAAACGUCAGCUCCACCAUACAAAACAAGACUGGGCAGGACUACAAGAUUCCACUAGACAAUAUGACCAAUGAAAUGGAGCAAAGAGUUGAACCGCACAAUGACUACUUCAGCACACAGUUUUUACUGAACUUUGCAAUUCUUGGUAACCACACAGUGACCGUUGAGGCAUCUGUAGUUGACUCUGAUGGUGUUGUCUGGAAGACCGGCCCGAAAACCACAGUUUCUGUCAAAUCAUUGGAGGACCCGUAUUCCCAACAGCUUCGCCAUCAGCAACAGCAGCAGGCAGCUCUGCAGUCUGGCCCCCAGCAAGCACCACAGAGGAAUGUCUACCGUUUUCAAUAAACAUACAUGAGACUACUCAAUGUCCUUCCUAUGAUGGACGCUCUCAUUGAGCUGGAUGCUCUGCGAAUAUGGUAGAUUAAUCAACAGUGAAAAAUGAUCCACUUGCAUAUUUUAGAUGCACACAGAUUUUGGAACCUUUGUAUGUGUGUGUGUGUAUGUGAGAAAA